AAAGCAUCUGUACCCUUUCGAUUAUUCGAUAUUUUUACAAUUUGUUUUAUUGAACUAUUUGACAUUUGCGUUCAUUUGUGGGUUUGAAAUCCUGUUGCUUUUACAACCCGUUUGCUUUUACGAUUAAAUUAAAUUAGAAUCUGCAGGAAAAUGGCGUUCAAGCCCAUAGAUCCAAAACGUGAUGAGUUUCGCCGCUAUCUUGAACGAUCCGGUGUAAUAGAGGCCUUGACGAAAGUAUUUGUAAGAAUCGUAAAAGAGCGUCCAGAAAAUCCUCUCGACUAUUUGCGUAAUAACCUAGGAGAUGCUUUGCAUCAAGCUGACAGCGUGUCGUAUUUACAGAGCGAACUCGAAGAAGCCCGUAGUGAAAUACAACGAUUACGUGGUAUAAUUGAAAGCAUUAACCCUGAUGCUCUGAGGGAGCCAGAGGAUGUAGAGAAGAAAAAUGAUGAAGCAACAGAGAAUCAGGAGAAAUGUGUUGAGGAGAAUGCAAAAGAUCAAGAAUCUGAAUCUGAACCUGUGGUAGUUACAAAUGAAUUGGAGAUCGCAUCAAAGGCAGAGUCUCCUGUGCAAAGUAAUUCAUCACGAAAUGAUGAUACAGUUAAAAAUUCAGAAACUCCUGACGAUUCUGAUACUGCUAACAAUGCAAGCAACUUGACAGCAGCACAAACUGACAAUAAUUGAAUCCUAGCCCGUCCAUAACUUAGUUCAGUACGAAUCUGAGUUCCUUAUUUUAGAAGGCACAAAAAGUAUUAUAUAUAUAUAUAUGUAUACAUUCAUUAUACCAUGCUUAAUAAAGUGAUAUGUAAAAUCGGCAUACCUUACCGAUCCAUAAUAAACAUUUUCUCGAUCAAAUUGGUUUUAGUAAACACCAUGAUUUUUGUUUACUCCACAAAAUCCCACUUAUAAGCUUAUCUUUUACAUUUUUAUCGACUGCCCUCUGACUGGUCCAUAUAAUUUAAGUAGUCAUUACUCAUAUUUUAAAUUUCGAUUAUAUGGGUUCGCGCGUCAUUUAAUAUUACACAAUAUCACAAUUUGAAAUCAGACUUUUACUACGCAACAGUUUUCCCAUAUCUUCAAAUUACAAAAAAUAAGUCAAAUAUUACGCCAGAUAUUUAUUUAAUUCAUUUUAAUAAGUUGUGUAUAAUGUAUUUAGUUAUUAAUACAUACAAAUGAUGUUUAAUAAUACAGAUAUUGAUUAAUAAUAUUAAGCAUAUGUGUAAAUGUAUAUGAAAAACAUCUUAUUUUAGGGGACUAUUGUUCAUGACAAUCAAAAAAUCUAGAAGAAAUAAUUUAAUUAAUCCCAAAAUAUAAAGAAGUUAUGUGUAUGUAAAAAAUUUGUUUGAUAACUUUACAAUUUAUUAUGGAUUGAAUUUCCUUUUAAUAAGAAACCAAUGGAGCGACGAAAAGACACCAACUAGAAAACUAGUCACAUGAAUAAUGAAAUGAUGUAGCCUACUCAAAUUUUGAUCAGCUUGUUAAUAACAUAAUAUAACCCCAUCUUCGAGGCUUUUGCUUUGCACAUGUCCAAUUGAUAUAUUUAAGAAAUUUCUUAUUACACUUUUAAUAAAAAAAAAAAAUUAUGUUGUUAGUGUUCUGUGGUUUAUAAUUUUUCUUACUGUCCAUGGAGAGUAAAAUAUAUAUAUUUUUUUUUCAGAUCAGCGUCGUUAUACAAAGUGUUAAUUUAGCACAUGGUUUCAAGAAACAAACUAUUUUAAAAAAUAAUAUAACAAUUGUUUACCAGCAUUUGAUUAACUAAACCCGAUCAAAACCGAUAGGGGUAGAUAUUGGCUCGGUCAAAAUGAAUGAGAGUGCCGUUUGUUGUUGAUUUAUUCAUGCAAUUACAUGUAUUACAUUUAAGUAAAAUUUAAGAAAAAGUAUUUUUGUUAAUUAAAUGUUUUUGUUUUAUUUGUUUUUUUCUUUCAUCCGUCUGCGUUUUUUGUUUUCUUCUUGGCUCCAUGUCUGUAAAACUGGUUGUUUUCCUUCCCCUUUUGAUUUUAUAAUUCAAAUCAACUUUUUUAACAAUUACUUCGCCUUUUUUUUUGCCGUUGCUAUAUUCUUGUUUAGACAUAUUACUAUUAUAGUGUGUUGUUACUGUUGAUGUUUUUAUUGGUGCACAUGCAGCAGCGACUAUUUGUUUCGCUUAUUUUUUACGUUUAUCUGCCGGUUUCAA